AAAUUACCAAUUGGCAAUUUUGAGGUUAUGUGCCCUGAGUAAUAAAGGAAAGGUGAAAAAUGAAUAUGUUUUGUCUGUUGUGAAUUUUCAAAUUAAAAAAAAAAAAUAGUGUGUGAAUUGUACUCGUUUUUGUACGAGACAUAAGCAAAUGUCUCGCAAAGGAACAAUAUCGGUUUGUAGAUCAAAACAAAUUCCGCGAAUAUUUCAACGUCAAAAAACCGCAACAAAUGCUCGUUCUUGGUUAACCUCAUUGAUCCCUGAAGACGGUUGUAUUUCACUUCGUGAACAAUCAGAUCAAUCACAUUAUGAUCUUUUGCCUGGUUCUUCAUACGAUUAUCAACAGCAUGAAAAUGUCAAGAAAGAAAUUACGAGCAAGUCAACGAUCAAUAAGGAAUUCAUUGAGAAAACGUGGAAUGACGAGAGCUGUCAGAUAAACGAGGAUAGCACGAGAACACAAAGUAUGGACUCAAUGGAAAGAACGAGUGGUGACACAAGUAUUGAACAUUGGUUCAAAAUUCGCACAGAUUCCGUAUCCAGUAUGGAUCUCGAGGGAAUGAAAAAUGUCCCUAAUUAUUUGGCCGAUGAAUUAUCGCACAAUUUUCUCGAGAAAGAUUCCAAUUCUCUCUCGUACGAUCCAAUUCUUCAUGAACUUCAAAAUGAUAAAUUAUUAGAUACAUGCACAAAAGAUGACGAAUUUAUUUUACCAGAAUUCGCCCUCGAUCCAUUGGAAUUAACACCCGAUAUGAUGGUUGCUGGUGAAAUUUUACCGUCCACAAGUAAUUCACUUUCAUCAUCAUCGUCAUUAAAUGUUUCACAUCAUGAUUCUUGUAUUCCAAUCGUUGAACAACAAUCAGAAACUGCAUCAUCAACUCUCAAUGUUGAUAAUCAUCAAGAUCUUUGCGACAAAGCCACUCAAGUUCACAUUCGCGAUUUUGAACAUGUCGUAGAACAUGAUAAUCAAGAAAAUUCUAACUAUCUCUGUGAAUUAAAAAAUAUUGAUCUCAAUGAUUUUGCCGGAUCGGGAUUGAGUAUAAAAUUAAUUGACGAUCAACAAAAGCAACAAUUUAAUGGUAAAACAAAAGAUAAUAAUAUCGUAAAGAAAAUUUCUGAUAUGCAAGUUGUUUUAAAGAAAGAUGAGAUUAGUCCAAUUGAUUCAUUAUCAUCAUCGUCGUCAUCAUCAGGUGAUGGUGUUAUGGCAGUUGUUGCAAUAUCAACGGAUAAAAUUUCAAAUUUAACACAAAUUGUUAUCAAUAAUGGUACUGAGGAGCAAAUUUAUCAGGGUAAAACUUCAGAAUUAAUUGAAGCAACUGGUAAUUUAACGACAAUUGAUGCAAAUAAUAUAUGGCAUGGAAUUGAUGCUGAUACAGAAAAUAUGACUAUCAAUAAACACGAUGUUGUUAUAACAAAUGCUCUCGAAGAUUUGGGUAUUACUGACGAUAUGUUGCAACCAGUGUCAAUUGCUGAUCAAGGAAAAACGUGGAUUUGUCCUAAAAAAGAUUGUCCUCGUUAUUUUAGUCGUCUUUUUGCACUCAAGAGUCAUUUAUUAACACACUAUGGAGUUAGACCAUUUAAGUGUGAUUUCGAGGGAUGCUCUUGGGCAUUUUACUCCGAAUUCAAAUUAAAACGACACAAGGAAACUCAUUUAAAAAAAAAGGAUUACGUAUGCGAGGAAAUUGAUUGCCAACGGCGUUUCACGACAAUUUACAAUCUUUGGAGUCAUAAGAAAUUACACGAAAGACCAAAUAGAAUUUUUUGUCAUGUGCCUGAAUGUGAUGAGAAAUUUCAAACAAAACGCGCUCUUGAAAUCCAUAUGAAAUCACAUGAUCAGAGACAUGCACCAUAUCAAUGUAAACAUGAGGGUUGUGGUAAACGUUAUUACAGUAGUAAUGCAUUAUCAUCUCAUCAACGCUGUCAUAGUUAUAAGGAGACUGACAUUAAAUGUUCAUGGCCAGGUUGUGGGAAAAUUUUCGAUAAACCCUGUCGUCUUAAGGCACAUACACGCUCACACACAGGAUGUAAACCAUAUUCGUGUACAUUUCCCGGUUGUCAAUGGGCAUUUGCCUCGUCUAGUAAAUUAAAGAGACAUCAAAAAAAGCAUACAAAUGAUAGGAAAUUUGUUUGUGAAAUUAUUUCAUGUGGCAAGGCAUUCAUGCGAUCCGAACAUCUCAAAGAGCACAGAUUAACGCAUUCGCUAGAGAGAUAUUUUCAAUGUUACGUUUGUAAUACUCGUUUCUCAGCGAAAAGUAGUCUUUAUGUUCACAUCAAAAAGCAUCAUUCGAAAGCAGUGGACACGAGUAAAUUGAUGAUUACAUCGUGUGACGAGAAUCCAUCGAGAGAUUUUAAUUUCUCAUCGUCGGACGCUCAACAACAACAUGAUGUUGAUCUCGAUCUUGAAACAGAAUUGCAAACGGAAAUAAUAAGUCGUCAAGUGUUUGGACAAUCGGACAUGACGACUACAACAUUGCACAUUGAAUCGAAGGUAAAAACGGAGAAAAAUAUCGCAAAAGAUUCAUCAUCACUUCAUCAUCAUCAUUGUUGUCCCGUUGAGACAUGCACGAGAAGUUAUACAUCAAAAUCAUCGCUUCGCGCUCAUAUUCAUAAAAUGCACGGAUCAUCGAUUCUCGAUGCCGAAGAGGAUUUAUCAGGAUUGGAAUUGGAAACUCAUGAUUCGGAAAAUACAGAUUUUAUUGUCUAUACAACACCGUAUUCACUGUCGCAGCCAAUUAAUGAUCAAAUGAUAAUGGUCGCUCCUUGCGAUGCUGUCAUUUUCAGUUCCACUGAAAAUAAUGAUAUUCUCGAGACGGAAUUGUCGUCGUCGAAGGUGAUCAGCGCUUCUUCUUCUACUUCUUCUUCGGCAUUAAAACGGAAAUUUGAGAAUCAACAACAGCGGCGUAUUAAUAAUCAAGGUUCUGCGAGAACUGGUUUAACGUAUGCGGAUAUUUUUAAAUUAAAGGAAAAUAAUGCCGCCUCCACUGCGGUUGCUGCCACCGACGAGAGCGAAGAAACGACAACCGUUGUUGGCGCACAGGAUGUUAUUUUGGGUUCGACAACUGAUCUUGGAGAAGGUUUCCUUUUUACCGAGGAUAUUCCCUCGAUGUAUUUUCAGGACGAAUGUCAGGUACUUUUGCUCGAUCCAGUCACAUCGGAGAGUACAAUCAAUUUGCGUGAUAUCGAUUAAAGUUAGUUUUUUCCAUAAACUAAAGCUUUACUUAUUUUUAUAUUUUUCUUUUUUUUCUUUUUUUGGUCACAGUUUUUCUUAUUUUCACUUAUUUGUGACCCAAAAAUUUUGUUUAAUUUAAAUUGGAUUAAACACAAACAUUAUGAAUAGCUUGCGAUUUUAAUAUUCUAAAUCUCUAAAUUAUAACGGAAAAUAAGUAGAGCAAAAUUAUAUAAAAAAAAGUAUGGGUAAAAAUAAGUGAAGCUUUAAUGUAUUUUUAUUAAAAAAAUUUUUUUAAUUUUUUUUUGAAUUGAAAAUUAAAAUACGUCUUAUGGUUUUUUUUUGUUUGUAUUUUUUUGUCAAUUUGUAAUUUACUUUCAAUUGUUAUAAUUUUUUUCAUUAUUCUAUUCAAAUUUUUUCCAUGGAUUGAUAAUUUGGUUUUUUUUUAAAUUAUUCACAACUCGAUUAAAUUGCAAUGCCAAUUUAGAGUCAAUUGUAUAUUUAAAAGUUUCAAAUUAAGUGAGAAAUGUACUUUAAUGCUUUAUUAGAUAAUAAGCGCUCUUCAAUUUUUUUACUAUAUUUUAUAUAUAAAUAUAUAAAAAAAAAAGUAAUCAUAGAUAUUUCUCUUCGUGAUAAAAAAAAGAAACUUUUGCAUAUUGUAGGGAAAAAAAUUGAAAUCGUGGCAAAUGAAAUUUGUUCGAUAUAAAUUUUUUUUUCUUUUUAUUUUGCAAACUAUAUCGGGGAAGUGGGGUUUUUUUGGUAAUUAGAAUUAUCAAUUAGAUGUUUUAUAAUAGAAACUUAUUUAGAUGGUAAUAAUAAUAGUAAUAGUAGUAAUAAUAAUAAUACAAAUGUUGACAAGUCAUCUGCGCAUUCUAUUUCGAAAAUUUUUUUGACAUUUAAAGAAAAUCAAAUUUACAUAUUUUACAUGAAUUUCAAAGGAAAACAAAUGUAUGUAUAUGUAAGAAUCGUCUUUUAUUGCGUAAUUCAAAAUAAUUUGAGAAACGAAAAACAAAAAUUGAUCACACAAUUAUGUAAGUUCAAAGAGAGAUAGAGAAAGAGAUUUCUGUGAUUUUAGCUGUUACGUAUAAAAAUAUUAAGUUCUUUAUAUAUAUUUAAUGUAGUUCUUUGUUCAUAAAUAACUACUGCUUUUUGAUCUCAGAAAAAAUAUCCUAUUUGUUUUCUUAUAGGAAGAAAUUUUCUGUAAUUCUUCUAAUGUUAAUAUCUUAAUUGUAGCGCAGAAGACUCAUGCUUUUUUAAAUUUAAAAUUUCAUAUUUCAAUAAUAUUAACGGUGUAUUUUCUCAAUGAAUAUAUAGAGAAUGCUUUUAGAAUUAUACAAUAUUGUGGUAAUAAAAUGAAGAAAGUAAAGGAUUUUUCCUCAAAAAAAAAAAAAAAGAAUAUAAUUAAUUGUUACUAGAUUAUGUCAAUUAAUUGUUAAAUAUUUAAUUAUAUCACUUAAUUGUGAAUAAUUAUUUAUGUCAAUUAAUUAGUAAUAAUUAAUUAAUAGUAAUUAGUGUGAAAUGAUAUUUUAAUUACAGUUCUGAAUAGAAAAUGUAUAACAGUGGAAGUAUAUUAAUUCUUCUAGUUUCAAUUGUCUGUCUGUCUGUCUGUGUGUGUGCGACAUUAUUCUAAAAUAUUAACUACGUAAAAUGUUUUUUUACUUUUCAUCGCUUUUUGAGAAAUAACUUCUCGAAUUUGAAAAAUUUGGAUUCUGUUUUCCAAAACAAAUUUUAAAAAAUAAUUUGUGGCGGAAACAAUUUAUUGGCAAAAAUUUAAAAAAACAUAUUCUUUUUUCGAAUUAACGAUUUUUAAAAAUUUUUAAAUUAAUUUUCAAUUAAAUUUAAAUUUUAAAGUAAUUUCAAUUUAAUUCAUAAAGUUGUUUUUUUCCUUUGAAUUUGCUUGAGGAAAAAUCCACAAGACUUCAAUAUUAUAGGAUAUAGAUUUUAAAAUGAUCUGUGAUCCGAAGGCUUUUGUCUUUUGAGCCUAUAAAAGAAAAAAACACCACAUAUAUGUACAUCUCAUUAUCGUUUUAAAUCGUUAUUUUAUUAAUAAAAAAACAAAAUGUUGAUAUUUUUCUAUGAAA